UACAAAUACGAUUCGAAGAUUUUGCUCACUUUCAUCCCGUUUUCUUCAGAAGUCCGACUUCAUAUGGAUCACAGGAAUUGAAAUGUUACCAUUGUCACCGACAGCUACACCAUAUCGGAAAAGACGUCUUUCCCUCUUCCUGUCUAGAAGCAAACGUUCUUUAAUGAAUUUCUCAGUUCGUCAUAAGAUAAAUUCUGUAGGUCCUGAUCCCAACUUUACAGAUGAAGCAUCUAGUCAGAGGUUUCCUUAUAAGAAACAUCUUUUUAUAAAUGAAACAAGAAAAAUUAAUUUCAAAGAUCCUGUGUCGGAGGUGAUCAAUACAUGUGAGGAAGAUGAGUUAAAGGAGAAGAAGGAAAUGAUGGAAGAGUUGGUACAAGUGCUGAAGAGACAGGAGAAGCGGUUAGAGCAGGAGUUACAGGACCUGGAAAAGCAGCUGAAUCAAGAUUUAAAGAUACAGCUAACGAAGAAUCUGGAUGAUAUAGAGAUGCCUGAACUGAAGGAACUGGAAAAGAAGACUCUAGAGAGACUCUAUGGUUUGGAAUGGCACAUGAAACAGAAGAAACAACUGCAGAAGGAAUCGAAAGUUGAAAAGCUGGUGGAGAUGAUGGAGGAUCCAGAGCUGGUGAAGGAGAUAGAAUAUCUGGAGAAUUUGAAGAGUUGGCGGUUUCACAUGUAAAAAUUACAUUUAUUUUGAAGUAAAAAUGUUUUGGUUUGAACUCAAAA